UGAAUUUUCAAACGUAUCCAUAAUACAGUCGGAAUGAAACAAUUGAAUUAUAUGACAUUUUCCUAUCGAUCCUGUCAUACUGACAGUUCUUGUGUUCGUGUUGGGUUAUCGUUGCGUUCAGUUAAUGUUACUUUCAUUACAUUCAGAAUUUACUUCUUCGACAGGAAGUAUAGAUACUCCAUAUUAAUUUCAAUCACGAUGACGGUAGAAGAAGAGUCCCAUUAUUCGGAUACGACAGAGCCAUCAAAUGCGACGUCCCUUCCGUCAGACACUAGUUGCAUCAUAAAUCCUUGCCAAUUGGGCAGAACGGGUGCUGCAGCUGUAGAUACAAAUAACGAUUGCAACUGUCAAGUAGAUCAACACUCACCAAAAUUUCCUGAAUCCCCACCAAUUUUCACGAUGCAAUCAAAACCGAUUCAGCCUUCAUGCCAGAUACCUCCGACUUAUCAAUCCCAUGUUCCACCGUGUCAACCAGGGAAACAAUGUGAACCCGGUGUGACGUGUGUCUGUCAUACUUACAAUCAAAAUACCUGUGGUACACCUAUGAAAUAUUCUAAGCGUUCAGGAGAACGACUGGAGCCCGCCUGGAAAGGAAUAAAUUGGAAAUGUCCAGGACAAGAAUAUCCAAGAAUAUUAGAUGAUAAUGCUUAUCGAAUUAAAUUAAAGAGAAAUCAUCGUUCAUAUUACCCUGAGGUAUUGCCAAUAAUCAAUGUUGCAAGAAGGAUAGAUACUAACGUGAAGUACCAAUUUCAGGCUUGUGUAUACCGCGAAGUCUCAGAAGGCAUACCAAACCUGAAAUCAAUUAACACUGAAAAGUUAGGCGAUAGAAAAUGUCAAAGUGGCUGUGAGCCUGAAAUAUCAGAAAGGAUUGAUAUAUAUUAUUUUGAUCAUGGAAAUUCAGCAUAUUACAGAACGACAGAUUCGCCGCCUAUACUGGCGACAGAAAAGUGCGCAGAAAGAACAGAUUUCAUAGCGACCCGAUUUUGGGCUGAAAUAUUUGGGACAGUUCACAUUGGAAUUGCUUUCGUCACGGCCUUCAUACUUCAGCUAUUGCGUUUCGUGCUCUUCAGCAUAAUCAGACCGCUCACCGUCGGUAUACUGCAACUAUUAGCUGAUUACUUCAUCAAGCCCUUUUUGUCCAUCCUGUUCAACGCACUGAUACAGCCGAUAUUGAUAUUGCUUUACAAUGUGGCAACUUCGUUCAGAGAUCUUUGUGAACCUUUGGCCGAAGCUUUUGGAUUCUUCUUGCGUGAAGUGGCCAAUGUUUUCAAGUCACUUAGAAUCGUGGAAGUGAAUAAUACCAGGAGCACCGUUAACGGGGGUAACACAUGACCGACUGUCCUAAAUGUAGAGUAGUGCCCAAUGAA